AUGGCAGGCAGGGUCCUGGCCAGCCGUCAGCUCCCAAGGCCACAUAGCUGGGACCACGGGUCACUCAGGCCAGGACGCAGCCUCUUUGGGUCCUGCAACCCCAGUCAGCUGCUACAGGCAGGAAUUUGUUUUGUUCAGCUGUUCCGGCGGCUGGGGAAGGGAUUAUCACCCCAAGAUCUCCAGAUAACAGCCGGCACACAGGGCUACAACGGGGACCCACAGACAGGCGUCCCACCCCCCCGCCAGUGGCACCAUGGCUUUCCUCUGGAUCCUCUCCUGCUGGGCCCUCCUGGGCACCGCCUUCGGCUGCGGGGUCCCCGCCAUCCCCCCCCCCAGCUCAGCGGACUGACCAGGAUCGUCAAUGGGGAGGACGUCGUCCCCGGCUCCUGGCCCUGGCAGGUGUCCCUGCAGGACAACACUGGCUUCCACUUCUGCGGAGGCUCCCUCAUCAGCGAGGGCUGGGUGGUCACCGCUGCCCACUGCGGGGUCAGGACCUCCGACGUGGUCGUGGUCGGGGAGUUUGACCAGGGCUCUGAUGAGGAGAACAUCCAGGUCCUGAAGAUCGCUGAGGUCUUCAGGAACCCCAGCUUCAGCAUUUUCACCAUGCGCAAUGACAUCACCCUGCUGAAGUUGGCCACACCCGCCGUCUUCUCCCAGACGGUGUCCGCCGUGUGCCUGCCCAGCGCCGACGAUGACUUCCCCGCGGGGACAGUGUGCGUCACCACAGGCUGGGGCAAGACCAAGUACAACGCCAACAAGAUCCCUGACAAGCUGCAGCAGGCGGCCCUGCCCCUCCUGUCCAAUGCCGAAUGCAAGAAGUUCUGGGGCAGCGAGAUCACCGAUGAGAUGAUCUGUGCUGGGGCCAGCGGUGUUUCCUCCUGCAAGGGUGACUCAGGCGGCCCCCUGGUCUGCCAGAAGGACAGAGCCUGGACCCUCGUGGGCAUUGUGUCCUGGGGCAGUGGCACCUGCUCCACCUCCAGCCCUGGUGUGUACACCCAUGUUACCAAGCUCAUACCCUGGGUGCAGGCGAUCCUGGCUGCCAAGUGAGCCCGUGGCUCCCUCAGACCUUGCUCCCCACAGAACUUCAAUAAACCCAUGGAGCACA